AUGCACCGGACCGAGGUGCUUCAAGAUGUGGACGUGAAGAAGCUCAUUUUCAGUGCCAUCGAAGCGGCGUUGGUAGGUACACUGCCUGAUGGGGAGUGGCAGCGUGAAGUUGAACGUGCGCGUACUCUUGAAAGACGCAUGUCAAUGCCGCUGCUGUUCUUGGGGUUGCAGAUGCGCGCGUCACUGGACAAUGAGCCGGGUCAUGUAUGGCUGAAAUGCUUCGAGGAGACUGCAGUGGCUGCCGAGGGAUUGUUGAUGCACUUGCUUCACCAUAUUAACGGGUUUCCGUCACCUGCAGGAGUCGAUCAGAUGAUAUCAGAUUGCUCCGAGUUGAAUGAGCUGGAUGCUGCAUGCGAUAGAGGUGACAAGGACUCGCCGCCUGCGGCUCUGAGUUUUGUAUUCAUGGAUUCGAUCGUGUUCAGUGUCGUGGGCAGUCUCGAUUCGCCGUGUGCGCGGUUUAUUGUUCGAGACAUGACUGGUCUUUUCACAUGGGAGAUCACACCAGCCGUUAUGACUCGCGGUGGCCACUCGCUGGUAGGAGCAGGCUCCAGGUCACCCGGUAAUGUCAACGGGGAUAGUGCCUCCGUGGAAAGAGAGCUGACGCUGCAGACCGAUACACUCACUUCCGAGUCAUUAACACUGCACCGACCAACGGGUGCAGUACAAGUGGAGUUUAAACAGACGGACGAAGCUGGGGGUACUUGCAAAACCUGUGACGGAGAGAAACCUCGGACGAAGUCUGCCUCGUCUGACGCGAAGAAUGGACGUAGCUCUGGUACCAAGCUCGAGGCUCGCCAGGUCUCUUGGGAACACGAGCAGAACAUCCUUUCUAAUAACGUGUGUCCUAUAAAGAGCAGCUAUGUUUUCCAUGAAGAUGGAAGUGCUUCCUCUGGCAGCAAAGAGAACGGAGAUGCAAAGAAAAAGGAGAAAGCACGAUCGUCGGAGAUUGACAAAAUGCCGGGAAGUGGGAACAAAGAUGACCGUCAGGAGCGACUUGAGCGCAUCGCGAAGCAGCACGAAGAGCGCAAUAACACCGGAGCGGCAGCACAACCUACGCCAGAACCCUCAAAGGAGGUCUGCCAGUGUCCACCGCAAACUGAGUCCAAGUUCAAGCGUCGCACGACAACUACGAUCUGUGGUCUCUUCGACAUGUCGAUCAACGAGCCGAAUGUGGGCAGCUUGGAUGACGAGCGCUGCCUUCUGGAUCUGGUGCUGGACAGCAUUCCGAUGGUGUUCCGUGAUUGCGGUGGCGAUACGACUGACAAGACGCUCUUGGGUGGGCGUUAUUCGAUGAUGCGCUACAACCUGAUGGACUUGACGCCUUCGACAAAUCCUCUUCUGAUGGACUCAGCUGAAGCGCCUGGGUUUUCGUUUUUGCAACGCCUCAUUCACGAUGAAGAGUGCUACGCACAGCUGAAGAGUUUUCUGACCAGAGAUGAACAUCCCGAAGGCAAGGAGCUGGUGGACUUCUGUGACGCCGUGAAGAAGUACGAGCGCUCAUCAGCCCCAACGGACCGUCUCGGUCAGGCCAGUGUCAUCUAUUGGGAGUUCCUGACACCAGAAGGAGGAAAGAAGCUCACAUUCCCUCCUGCUGUCGUGUCUGAUGUCCAGACUCAAAUUCACAGGGCACAAAGUGCUCUGCGAGACGCUAGAGCUGCAACCGGAGAGGACUCGUCUGAGCUGUCAUUCUCUCUCCCAGGCUCGCUAUUCCAGCACGCUAUGACGUUUGUAGAGUACGAAGGGUUCGAGAAGUCAGGACUAUUGGACAAGUAUGUGGCCGCGUUGGAUCAACCACCUGCAGCUUCAACGACAGGAAGCAAAAGCAGCUCCAGUACACCGUCGAUCCCACCCCAGCUGGCACUUUUCGACUCGUUCUCGAUCAUGGAAGUCAAUGCGCGCGUAUCACAUUUGGCUCUACACAAGCGGAGCUUAGAUGAACAGCUCGUGCGCAUGACGAAACCAGGCGUGGCAGGAGGAACCCGUUCGACUGAAGUGUCCAAUGGCAGUCUAAAGGAUAGCCGUGUGAGCGCAUUAGAUAUCUGCCGACUGUUCUUGUCCCAGGCUGGAUUGUUACCAUCUCCUGAUGGCGAUUCCAACAAGAAGUCAACGCUGAAGUUGCUUGAGCAUGGAUCGAAGUUGGAGCGAUCCCUGAAGCACUUGGACAAGAGUCCGACGCGAGAAACCAUGAAGAUUGGAGUGAUUUACGUGGGCAAGAAGCAACACUCACAGCAAGAAAUACUUCAUAACGAGAAGGGUGGCCGAGCUUACGAAUUGUUCCUGGCACAGCUGGGCUGGAAGGUGAACAUGCAGACUCACCGUGGUUUUGUCGGUGGCUUAGACACAAACCCGAAGAGUCUGUCCAAUGGCGAAUCGACGCUGUAUUACGCGAGCUCUCACAGCGAAGUGAUCUACCACGUGGUUACCAUGAUGCCCACCAAACCUUCAGACCCUCAGCAGAUUGAUAAGAAGCGGCAUGUGGGUAACGACUACGUGCAUAUCGUCUGGAGCGACAAUGCGACCCAGAACUACGACCCAUCGACUAUCACAAGUCACUUCAACGACGUACAGAUCGUGAUUUAUCCUUUACGAAAGGCUCAGCGUGGCCUGUUCCUGAUCAAGAUCCAUACCAAGGAAAAGGUUCCCCCCUUCGGACCGCUGCAGUCAGGCAUGGUGGUUCACCAGGUCGACCUUGCACGGCUUGUGCGCCAGACGGCUAUGAACGCGAACCGAGUGUGUCGCUCUCAGACGAUGUUGUAUGUCCGGCCGUACCCGACACGGAAGAAACUCGUAGACGAAAUUGUUGAGCGAUAUGCUGUUGAGUACAAAGAGAGCCAGCUACUAACGAUGCUGUUCGGCAACUCUGCAUCGACCCCUGCAGCAGCGACAUCGUCGGGUGGAGCUGAAUAA